AUGGCCCACAUGAGAAUGCUCACCCCGGAAGCAUCACCGGAACCCGAAACCCGGCCAUCGGGACUCUGGCAGCCAAAGCCAGCAUCAGCCACCAACAACAGCCCCACCAACAACAACGCCGCAGCCACACAGCAGCAGCAACACGAACCACAAUCAUCAUCAUCAUCAUCAUCAUCAUCAUCAUCACAGCAAAAACGAAAGCGCUCAUGGCCCUUCCCGACAACACGCCCAGUCAGCCCCCCGUCAUCCACCUCCCCCGCGAUGAUGAGGGACGAUGAUGUCGGCGAUGACGACCAGCGACCAGGGAUCAAGGCCAUGUGGGAGAGCAACGCCACCCACGGGCUGUCCCGAACCGCCGCGAGCCGGGGCCGGCCCCCCUUCCAGGACGCCCACCUGGAGGACGACGUGCAGCCCAUCUUCGAAGGGCUGAUCCGCGACGGCGUCGACGACGCCGCCUCGCCCGAGUACGCCCUCGCCUUCUACCCGCGGGCCCACGAGCUGGCGCUGCACGCCGAGAACGCCCUGCUGCACCACGGCGACAGGGCCGCGGCGGCGGCCCUCUACCUGCGCGCGUGUGCCCUCCUGCGCGUGGGGCGGUACUCCUCCUCCUCCUCGUCUUCACCCCCUCCUUCUUGUCCUCCCGACCCGGCAGCCGAGGCCGACGCCGGGCCGUGCCCCAUCCGCGCCCGCGCCUGGCACCUCCAGAAGUCGUACCACACCAGGGCGGGGCGCCUGCUGGGCCCCGACGAGCCGCCGCUGGACGAGGUGCUCAUCCCGCACACGCACGACGCGGCCACGCGGCCCGACGAGGGCAGGACGGGCGGCGUGCGCGAGCGCGGGUCCGUCUCGGCGGCGGCAGCGGCAACCAACAAGACCAAAGCAGCAGGCCCCGCGCGCCCCCAGGUCCCGGCCGUCGUGCGCCUCCCGCGCCACACCCUCCGCACGGGAUCCCCCUGCCCGGCCGUGCUGGUGGCGACGGGCGACCGCACGGCGCACACGGCUCUGUGCGGGGAGCUGCUCGCGCGCGGGUGGGGGUGCGUCGUCGUCGAGACGCCCGGGUGUGGGGACUGUCCUGUCGCUGGUGCUGGUGCUGGUGCUGGUGCUGGUGGUGCGGCUGGUGGUGAGGCGGCGGCGCUGUGGGCUUCCGUGCUCGACUGGAUGGCUGCUAUUCGUGUUUUCGACAUGGGCCGCGUGGUUGUCUGGGCGGCGGCGGCGGCGUCGGCGUCGUCUGGGCCGCUGGCGCUGGUGGGCCAGUUCGCGGGUGCGGCGGGCGGCGGGCUGCCCCGGGUGCGCGGGUGCGUUGCUCUCGUGUCGGGCGGGGGGUCGGCUGUGAUGGCUGCUGGUGGUGGUGGUGGUGGUGGUGAUGUUGUUGAUGGUGACGGCUGGGCUGCCUCCAAUGGGCGGGUCCUGGUCGUUGCUGAUAAUGACCACGAUGACGGGCUUGUGCUUUCUGAGUACGGGGCCCUGGAUGGGGGUGCCGGGCGGGCGGUGCUGUCUGUUGCUGCGGGUUCUGCGGCUGUUUAUGACUGGGUGGAGGAUCUCUUGAGCCCUGACUUGGUCGUCUGAGUGUCGAGGGUCGAGGGUCGAGGGCCCUCAUUAUGUGUAUGUAUCAAUAACUACCAUGUAUGUUUUUUAUGGUGUGGAUGGGCUUGUCAUCAUGGCACGGCGUCACCAGCGCAAGGGAGGUCUGAGAAUUCUUUUUUUGAUUUAUUUAUUGUCUUGCAUAUGAGAUAUCACAGCACGCAACGCAGUACGUAUGCAUUUCGGAUUUAUUCUGAAUUCGAACAAUUAAACAAGAAAAAAAAGAUUUAAACCUUUU